AUGAGUCUAGUUACUCCUAAUUUAUUGAGUCCUAAAUAGACAGCUGUGUCAGCCCCUGUUUCACCUAAAUUAAAUUAAUCCAUAAUUGUUGAUGGCUAUCACUCUAAUAACUAAAAGCCAGUGAAGGGAUUAAUGGGGUAUGCCUAGAAGCUACUGGAAAAGAGGGAAAACCGAGUAUUUCUCCAAGAAACUAACAGAAAUAAAUUAGACAUAUCAAGAUUGCAAUUUGUUCAUAAUCCCCUGUUCGACUUUCCCUCUACAGACCUCUCAACUUUUGAAAUGAUAGUUAAUUAACAAUAAAAUCAUGAUGACCAGCUUUCGAUUCAAUGGGACAAAAUUGAUGAAUGGAAUAGGUAAAAUAGGCAUGUCAAGGCGCGUGAAAAUAGAGGACUCAAAAGUAAAGUUUCAGGCAAUCAAUAAAAUCCUAUCACUCCCUUAGAAUUGAGUAGUACAACGCUAGAGGAUGAACCUAAAAAUCAGCUAAGCAAGUCUCUUGUAAAUAAGAAGAAGUAUCAUUUACCAUAAAUUGCUCUGGAGCAUUUAGAUUACUCAGGAAAUAUCUUAGAGUAGAGUUUGAUAGAUCAUUCAACCAAUAAUGAGAAAGGGAUACAAGAAAACUUGAAAAAGUUUUUCCAAGAUUAAAUGAGGAAAAAAGCAUUUAAUACUCCGAUUAAGGGAAACAAAGGAGGUCAUAGGUAUUCAGUCAGAAGAAUGCGAGAAGACUUCUACAGUAAGGAUUAAACUAGUUCUAAGUUUGGAGCGAGAAAUUCAAUUUUAUAUAAUAAUUCUAGUCUAUUCAAUUUCGAGAGAAGGAAUUUAGAGAAAGAGCAGAGCAAAACCUAGAAACUGAAUGCUACUGGUUAGGGUUCCAAGUUUUUAUCAGGUUUCUCUUAAUAUAACCCCACAGACUAAGAGCAGUAGAAAAUUGUAAAUCUUCAAAUUUUAAGAGAGCUUAGCAAGCUUAAAAACUAAGCAGUUUGCAGGGACAAAUAAUGGAGUAAGCAGUUUUAUAACAGAAAAACGAGUAAUGAUGAUAGCAUUAAAAAUAGCUACAUUUACUCAUAGAUCCAUUCAAGUGCAGCUAUAAGGGAUAAGUCCUAGAUGCAAUAAACACAAACUUAAUCUAAGUUCAUUUAGUAAGCCCCUAAAAGUGGUAGCAACUAGAGUCCAUAUCCUUUUUAAUUUCAAGGCAAAAUGAUAUUCACAUACGCUGACUUAUUGCAGUUCUGCGAACUGGACAAAGCUGAGACUCUUAUGGAGCUUAAGAAACAACAGCAAAAGUAAAUUCAUGUUCAUCAUAGCUAGCAAUAGAAAAAUUUUGAUGAGGAGUUAUUCAAAUUAAUAUAAGAAAUAAAAUAGCAGGAAAAGAUGCAUCUAAGAAAGCCAAGUACACUGGAUAAUCUUGUUCUUUUACAAAGGAUUGACGACUAUUAUCACAAUAAGGAUUAAUGA